CUCUACCUCCUCCUCCCACAAUCCAACAUGGCACCGUAGGGACGUUGUUAUUGUUCCGCCGCUCGCCCCCAAGCUUCCCCGAGCAGCACGACGGACAAACCACGCCGACGCGACGACCGACGGAGUUCACGCGGGCAUGAGAGCAACACCCGGGAACCAUGUUACGGUCCACCGGCUUCUUCCGAGGGAUCGACUGUCCGUUUUACACCGAGUACGGCGAGGGCAAAGGCAGCCGGAAUGGGUGUAACAGACCCUACUGUCACUUCAGGCACAGCCAGCAGAGACGGCCGUCCUACGGAGCCCCGGCGGAUGUUAGGAAGCAGCGGGACGCACACUCCGCACAGAAAGAACAAGGUUAUGAUCCCUUCAACCCAGAAGUAGUGAGGCCCCAGGAGCAGCAGAAUGGAAAGUCGGAGUCCUCGGGCGACCUCAAUGGUGCUCUGGAGCUGGUCAACCGGGCCAUUGAGGAGGUCCGCGGUGAGGUGGAGAGGGAGAAGAGGAAGCUCUCUCGGAUUGGGGAUGAGCCUUACAAUCCCAGUAAGAGUGCCAGUUUGCCCUCAUCUGGUGCUGUUAAAAGUAAAACAGCAGCUUCACACAUGGCCUAUGAUCCUGGGAGUUAUCAGAUAACAUCGGUGGGUUAUAAUCCCGCCCCUGGCUGCAGCAAGUACACCUUGGAUUCAGACAACCAGGGGGGCAACAGUAACUCUAUGGAAUAUGUUCCUACUUCGGUGAAAAAACCUCCUCCUCGGACACACGCUCGCCAACCCCCCUCUCCCCCUCCUAGCCCAAAGCAUUCAUACAGCACAUCCUCCUCUAAGUGUAAAUACACUUUGGACAAUUCAAGACCAUCUACAGACAUGGAGUAUGACCCACUCUCCAACUACUCAGCAGGAAUUACAGCGAAAAGAAAGCGGGACGAGCGUUCCCAGGCUGCUAAGAUGGACAGAAGCAAGACGCACAAACUAGCCAAGUGUGAUAUGUCCGAUGAGGAGUAUGUUGUAGCUGUGAAAAUACCACAGCAGCAGAGUGUGGACACAACAAAAUACACGUUCUCUGACUCGGGUGGCGAGAGCUCUGGUACAGAGUAUCGACCCACCUCUCUUAGCAAUCUCAAGCAGAGAAAAAGCAACACUUGUUCACCUGGUGUCACUUUUGGGAAGGAGAGAAAAGACAGAACUGAAAGUGUAAAAAAUGCACUGACACAGAGGAAUAAAGAGGAUGGGGCACAGGACUCGGACGUCCAGGAAAAUAUUAAACAGAAGGGCGAUCCAGAGAAAAAGAAAGUGGCUAGUCGAACUAGUGAGAAAAGUGGCAAAUCUGAGAAACUUCGUAAACAUGAAAAAGAGGCAAACAAAACUUUAAGCAGUAAGAGUAGUGGCAGCAGUAUCAAUGUGAAAGGUUCAAUUAAGAACUCAAACCAGGAGUCUGCAAAAAAAGAGAACAAGAGUCUUGGGAAGAGAGAUGAUAGAAAAAUCACAGCGAAGGAUAAGACAAGUGAUAAAAUCCAGAGGGAGGGUAGAGACGAAAAGAGAAGUGACGGUAAGAUCAAAGCUGUGGAAAAGGUUAAAACGGACUCGACCAAACGAGACAGAGACACAGAAAAUGGUUCAAGGGAAAGCAAGAAACCCAGAACAUUAGACAAGGAAAAGGAACAGAGCAAGUAUAAGGACCGCCAACAUAAGAAUGGUAAACUUGAGAGGAGUAAAAAAGACGAAAAAGACGUGAAGAAAAUUAACAAAAGCAGUUCUCGGAGUGGGAGUAGUGGGGCUCACGGUAAAGGGAGUUCUGACAACGGCCAUAAGACGAAGCAAAACAUCAGCUCGUCAAAUGGGAAAAGAGUUGAAAGCAAACGGCAACGUGUGAGUCUGAGCCACGCUGAUCUGUUCGGAGAUGAGAGUCCAGAGCAGGCUAAACCGAUUGAGGUGGACGACGAUGACGACGACGACGACGACGAUGAUGAUGAUGUAGAGGAGGUUCUGGUGAGAAAGUCAGCAGACGCUUUAAAGAGGGGAUGUCUCAACAAGAGGAAAGCGUCAGAGCGGACGCUGUCUUCUUCUGACGACGAGGGCGACUGCGGUGCCGCCGGUAAGGACGAGGUCGACGAUGUUGACAUGGACUUAUCCAGUUUCCAGGACGAUCUGGACUUUGACUCCGAUCCCAUGGAGGAGUGUUUGCGGAUCUUCAAUGAAUCCAAGGAUGUGAAGAAGGAAGACAAGGGCAGGCAAACUAAACAGCCCUCAAGGGAUUCGGAGGAGGAGAAAGGCACAGAGAGCACUUUAACCACUCUCGUCCCCGGUCAAAAGAAGAGAGUCUCCCAUUUUGUCGCCAAAGGAAAUACCGAAGCACCUUCUCAAGCUGCGGUGCGGUCGUACAGGAGACCCACGGCCCAGGAGGCCUGCUACCAGCGAAUGCUGCUGGCACAGCAGCAAGCUGCUCAGCUCUCUGCGUCAGUCAAAGCUGCCUCGCAGAGCUCCAGCUCCGCCUACUCUGGAGAGAGGAAGAGGAUCGCGCACCGUCCCAACCAACAGAUGACAUCCCCCAAAACCAGUUCGGCAGAUGCCAAACCAGCUGUCAGUCGAGUGUUUUCCCCCAGCCAGACGCAUCCGACUGUCAAGGCUCAAACCACCGCCGGCAUUUUGUCAAAGACCACGUCCACUGUAAUGACAAAGAGGGUGGCGCACACACCCACCAUGAAGAGUUCUUCGAUGAAGCGCCCCAUUAUCCCCACUGAGUUUGGGGCCAAAGUUCCCACCAACGUCCGCCAGCGCUACCUCAACACCUUCAUAGAUGAAUGCGUCAAAUUCUGUCCAUCAGAGGACGUUGCCUUCCACAUGGCCCUUGACGAAGAGAAGCUGGUGUACGAUCGCAGUAGCAGUAAGAACAUCUACCUCAACGUAGCUGUCAACACUCUGAAGAAGCUCCGAAACAAGGGCAGCUCCUGUCUAUCGCCUGUCGUCAGGGACCCUGGUUUGCCUGGCAACAGGAAGGCCCAGUCCCACGAGGACGUUCUCGGGGGUCGUCUGGCUGCUACAACCAGCUUCACUGUGAACAGGAUGGGUAAACAGCAGGAGGAGAAGCUCACAGGAGCCAAGCUGUACAGGAAGCUGAACACGUACCUGAUGACAGAGGAGCAGCUGCAGGAGCACGGAUACCCAAGAACAAACCCGGAGGCCCCCGGCAAGGCAUCGAUAUACAACCUCCCAGAGAAAAAGGCCGUCACCGACCCCCUAAACAAGGUUUGCUGUCGAUGUGGAGCAGAAUAUAAGAUCAAUGUCAACGGGAACUGUGUACGGAGAGAGGAAUGCACUUUUCACUGGGGACGUUUACGCCGUAAUAAAGUCGCUGGAGGCUGGGAGACAAACUACAACUGCUGCGCUGCUGCCGUGGGCUCACCAGGUUGUGCAGUGUCCAAGCAACAUGUUCAGGACGGGCGUAAAGAGACUUUCGACGGCUACGUAUCGACCUUCAGUAAAUCUCUACCACCAGAUGGCAACGGAGGGGUGUUUGCUUUGGACUGUGAGAUGUGUUACACAAAGCAGGGCCUGGAACUGACGAGGGUGACGGUCAUUGACUCCGAUUUGAAAGUUAUCUACGACACCUUCGUCAAACCUGAAAGCAAAGUGGUCGACUACAACACGCGAUUUUCAGGUGUGACGGAGGAGGACCUGGAGAGCGCCACCAUCACCCUGAGGGAUGUUCAGGCCGUGCUGCUCAGCAUGUUCAGCGCCGAAUCCAUUCUCAUAGGACACAGUCUUGAGAGCGACCUCCUCGCUCUGAAGCUCAUCCACGGUUCAGUUGUGGACACAGCCAUUGUGUUCCCUCACCGCCUCGGCUUGCCCUACAAACGUGCCUUGAGAAACCUGAUGGCCGACCACCUCAAACGCAUCAUUCAGGACAACGUGGAGGGCCACGACUCGAGCGAAGAUGCAUCCGCCUGUAUGGAGCUGAUGAUGUGGAAGAUCAAGGAGGAUGCAAAGGUCAAAAGAUGACCUCUGACCUGGAUCUACUCCACUUCCCUCAGCACCACUUCCUGCGUUCAUGUCGGGGUGCGGUAGGCAGAAGUUCAGGAGGCCUGCGCCUGCUCUCGGAGUGUCGAGGUCAGAGUCUUCGGGGGUGGGGGACGGAUUGGUUUAGCACGGUGGGAAUGUUUUCAGCAGAAGAGCUCACCGUGGUUAAAACCUACUGUACCUGAAAAUAGAAAAGUGAACCCCCUUCAAAAGCAAUAGGAGCCGGACUUGACAGUGUACUCAUUUGCUUGUUGGUAUUUCAGUUCUAAAUUAUGUUAGUUUCAAAAAUAUUUCUGUUCUUCGAGUGGCGUCUUUUAAGACCUCAAACAGCCGACGAAUAAAACCUUUCUAUAUAGGAACUUCUCAAAAUGCCAGGGCAUUGUCUGCUGAACGAUGAUGAUGAUGAUGAUGAAUAUGGUAUUCAUGCCAGGCUCGAUGCUCAGCCUGAAUUGCACUAUAGAAAUGCUCUUGUUGUAUAGGGCCAAAGUUUGAGUACCUCAUCUGUGUUAUAGCGCGUUCACUUCUGAUGAAUAACACACAAUAACUUGUUCUUAGUUACACUUAAGUGCAUUGAUGUCUUAGUCUGUGGAGCAUUGCUACGUAAAUGCACUUUUCACGACGCCCGCUCGCUUCGUGUCAUCGAUGCUCUGGUUUAUACGGCAAGUUCUUAGCAAGUUAAAUUUCCUGGUUGGCUCUCGAAACCCGACUGAUCCUAUAAUACUUGAUCGUCUAUAAAGAUCCUCGGCAGACGUGUAAAGUCUCCGCUGCUACCUGUUUGGUAAAGUUAAAAAUACGCUGACGUGUUGUUGUUCCUCUGUAAAGACAAACGUAGGUUGGGUAUUGUAGAAUUAGGGCCAGGCUUGUGAAUUACAGACAGUUACUUAUCAUUUAGUGUGAAUCGGCUAACCCGCGCUGUUUUAUGUUGAAAAUGACAGUAUCAUUUACCCAAGUGCUGUAAAUAUAAUGCAGUUUCCUUUUGUAUUUUUUUGGUUGUUAAUCUUUUUCUAUUAAAAAGGUAUUAGUU